CUGUAGUCGAACGGUGGGACGGACGUGCAGUUCAGUUUUUGGGCACGCAUACGGUGCUGCAGGGAUUUUUAGGUGUACCUCUUCGGGCUCUUGCAUACCUUUUUCUCGUCAGAUGUGUGCGUGUUCUUUAGAUCCUCAGAUGGCUCUAGCACUUUCGGGUAACGACAGUAUGGCGUGGCCCGCGUUCAAAAAGGAGGUGGGAAGUUUUGAACGAAAUGGGAUAGAGCCCCUACGCACGCACGAACUUCUACCAACACGUUUUCGCAUUCAACACCCGCCAAAGGUGACCGGCAUGCUCCCGCACCUCCACGAGGAGUCCGAGAUCAGAGAUGCCUUCUCCCGUAUGGACCAUAACGGAGACGGGGUAGUGGACCUGACUGACUUCUUGAUGUGGGAGGAGCGCAUGCAGGAGGGGAGGGGUAACACAGACUUUUUCGCCCUACAAGAGGAGGACCACUUGGAGCAGAUAAAGCUUGCCAGAAGCAAAGCGUUCAACCUCCUAGUGCCCGACGACUACGACGGAUCCACCUACCACGCGAAGCUCUCCAGAGAAAUCGCCCAGAAAAAGCGCGCCGCAAAAGACGCCAAAGGGCUGACGACCGGUGGUCAUGCUGAAAACGCCAAGGUUGCGGACUCGAGGGAUGAGCUAGCUCAAGUUCUUCGGGACAAAAUCCUCUCACAGGUGAAAGGUGGCUCGCUGGAGAUGUUACGAGCUUUUCGGCAUUUCCGUCCCGCCGCCGCUGGUAGGCGGCUCUUUAUGGAUUACACGGAAUUCCGCGAAAGCAUCAAGCAAAAGGGUCUCGGGCUGGGUGAGGAGGACAUCAAAACUCUCUUUGGAUAUUUUGAUGUGGACGGGUCAGGCGAGAUCGACUUCUCGGAAUUCCGCCGCUUCCUGCGAGGCGGCAUCCAGAAAACCGGUCUCGAGGCUGGGGGUGCGAGGUCGGACCAGCUACUUAAGGCGAAGGUAUUCCUACGCAUCACAGGAGGCCAGACCGAAGUGCUACGGGCCCUGAGGGGUUUCGGAACCGACGGAGGGAAGUCGAGCUCGGAGAUGGACUACCCCGCCUUUUCCAACGCAAUAAACAAGUCCGGUUUCAACCUGUCCGAGCCAGAGACCAAGCAGAUCUUCAACGAGUUUCGCUUAGCGGGCCCGAGUGGUGGGCUUGUCACCAAGUCGGCGCCGUUUUCGUCUUCCUUGUCUAACUUGUGGUAUCUGCGCUUGCGCUGUUUGCCUCGAUAUCAGCUGAGGGCUACGGUUGUCAACUCGUUCGAAUCGGACCGCCGCCACCUCCUACGCGCCUUCAGGAAUGUCACCAGGAAAAAAGGUUCGACCAUCACUGCAGCCGACUUCCGAGAGGCACUGUCAUCGUUUGGCCUGUCUGACGACAAGCCAGGCAUAGACCGGCUUUUCAAGCUGUACGAUUGGCGCAACAACGGCAGCGUUAGCUUUCAGGAACUGAUGGAGAUCAUCACGGGCAGUGACUCCCCUCCCCGUCGUCUCACCACGUCACAGCGCAUCCGCCGGCUGGAGGACGAGCGGAGGCUCCCUGAAGGAGCCAUCAAGAAAGUCGAGAACACCAUCAGGAAGGGACUCUGGGAUAAACACCUCGACAACGCGGAGGCGUGCUUUCGCGCGCUUACCGGCGGACAAGGAGGAACGAUGGGGCUCGAAGGCCUAAGGGUAGCGGUCCGCAUUGCCCGCGUUCGGGGAGAAGCGGCGUCUAGCCAGGUUCUUGGGUGGAGCCUUCAAGAUUUCACACAGUUCUACCGGCCCGCCGACUGCCGGGCUGCCAUGGCACUCGCUCGAGUGCGCGAUGGAGGGGGGCAGACCGAGGAAGACCUCAAGCGUGCUGCUUUGAUUGCCGAGGGGAACAGGGCCCGAGCCAAGCUGGUCCAGCAGGCCCGCCGCUUAUCCCAGGCCCUGAAAGCUGCGGACAAGGGGACGCCAGUCAGAAGCGGUAGAGUGUCCCGUAAAACGUUCGCAAAGGCUCUCGCGAAAGAGGGUGGACUUGGCAGGGUGGGAGAGGCAGAGCUCACCAGGCUUCUGGUCCGGCACGGUUGCUCUGAGCAAGGUGGUACAUACGUAAACUACCCGGUCUUCGUGGCCAGUUUCACCGCUGCCGUAAUGGGUGCGGACCCUUCAUCCGCUGUAGCGGCGGUAGCCGCCGCCAAUGCGGCUGCUGCCGCCGCCGCCGCUGCAUCCGUGGCAAAGGAGAGCUCUGAAACGUUCUCCGGAAUGUUUGCCGGAGCGACGCCCACCAAACACAAAAAAGAGAACCAGGAACGUAUCAGGGACGGUAUCGCCAACGCCGUAGUCGGCAGGGCGCAGACUGCGGACGGCCCACGGCGCAGGAGGGUGGAAACGAACAGUUCGGACACAAAGGGCUACUUCAAGCGGUUCACGGCGAGCGGUGGGAACAUCGACAGCACCUCCCCAAUGAAGGUCGGGGAGGACGUGGCGAAGAGCGCGACAGAACUCCGGAAAGCUUUCAAGCAGUGCGAAAACCCUUACCGCCGUGGCGUCGUUGGCGUGGAGCAAUUCCAGGCGGUGUGCCUCAAGAACGGAGUGACGGUGGACAAGGAGGAUAUCGACUUCCUCUUACGACUGCACCGGCACAAGAACGGGGGCAGCAAGUAUGCCAUCCCGCCGAAAUGGACGCAGGCCCCGUCCCCCGGUGAUCCGCGGGACACGACUAAGGAAGGGGUACGUUACGACGAGUUUCUCCGCACGUGCCUCUCGGCCACAUCUACCGAGGUGCCCAUUUUGAUGACCGCAAGCUAA